UAAAGAAAGGUGAGGAGGAGGUAACCGAAAGAGAAAAAAGAAGAAGAGCUUUUUUCUUCCUCUUAUAUUAGGCCUCAGUAGCUAGCUGUCUCUCUCUUCCACACACCGUCUUCAUCUCUUUCCUUUACUUAAUUCUAGCUAUCACCAACAAAUUCAGACGACAGAAACAUAGAUAGAUUGCUAUUAUCAUACAAGAGAUCAUAGCAUAGCAUAUCGAAUACUUGCUAGAGUAGUGAGGAAAUUCUUCAAUCCCUCCUAUGUUAGCUAAUAGCUUAUCUCCCUCGUCAGUUCCCACUUCGGAGCCGUUUUCCUGCACUGAGAAUACUAAUAAAAGGAAGAGAAGGCCUGCAGGAACACCAGAUCCAGAUGCAGAAGUGGUGACCCUCUCACCCAAGACCUUGCUCGAAUCAGAUCGUUAUGUUUGUGAGAUCUGCAACCAGGGAUUCCAGAGGGAUCAGAACCUUCAGAUGCACCGGCGGCGUCACAAGGUGCCGUGGAAGCUAUUGAAGAGAGAGACGCCGGCGGUGAGCAAGAGAGUAUUUGUUUGCCCGGAGGCAAGCUGUUUGCACCACGAUCCAUGCCAUGCCCUGGGUGAUCUUGUUGGGAUAAAGAAGCAUUUCAGGAGGAAACACAGCAAUCACAAGCAGUGGGUCUGCCAGAGAUGCUCUAAGGGCUAUGCGGUGCAGUCCGAUUACAAAGCACAUCUCAAAACCUGUGGCACCAGAGGCCACACUUGCGAUUGUGGACGCGUUUUCUCAAGGGUGGAGAGCUUUAUUGAGCACCAAGAUGCGUGCAACAUGGGGAUGCUACGGCCAGAAUCGCAGGCGGCAGCUGCAUGCUGCUUGUCGCGAACAGCUUCAAGCCUGAGCCCUUCAAGCGAAACAGGUCCUUGGCCAGCCAAUCUAGUAAUACCAAAGCCCAUAACAGUUACAGAACCCACAUUCAUGAACCCUACUACCACUGCUGAUAAACUCUACCCAAAUUUGGAGCUUAAGCUCUCCACAACUACAACCACUGUAUCCAAUCCUAUUGAUGUGGUUUCUGCAUCUCUAUCACCUAAGCUGCAUCUAUGGAUGGUGUCAUCGGAAAUGAACAACAAAAAUGUGAACUCAUCAUCACCGAAGGAGAGCAGCAACAGCGGCGGUGCAGGUUCGGCGGCGAUGAGGCUCCAAGAGCAGGCACGUGAGCAGUUGAGGAUAGCCGUGGCGGAGAAGGCAUAUGCGGAGGAGGCAAGGAAACAAGCCAAGAGGCAGAUUGAAGUGGCGGAGCUUGAUUUCACCAACGCCAAGAGGAUUAGACAACAAGCGCAAGCUGAACUUGACAAGGCUUAUGGCUUUAAGGAGCAUGCAAUCAAACAGAUAAAUUCAACAAUGCUUCAAAUCACUUGCCAUGCUUGCAAGCAUCAAUUUCAAUCUGUGGCCGCUCCCCCACCCCCGGACGAGAACUCUUUGGUAUUAAGCUACAUGUCCUCUGCAAUAACAACAGAUCGAAGCUGGAGAAAUAGAGAAGCAUCAUCCCUAAACCGCUAACUCUUGGAGAUCAUCAUAAGUUCAUCACAUUUCUCUCUAUAGUCUCUCUCUGCAUGAUUCAUAUGUUGAUCUCUUUUUUUAAUUUAGUUUUUCUACCCUAAUUCAUAUCUUUGUGAAUUGGUAUACUAAGUGAAGUGAGUGCUAUUGAUCGAUUAUGUAACUGGGAUUAAUUAACGGCAAUGCUAUGUGGUGAAAUUAAUUAAAAACUGAGUGUUAUUUAAUGUAAAUCGCAGUUU